AUGUCAGGAUUCCCGAAGCGAAUCGAAGACAAGAACAGACCGUCAGGUCUCCUUCUCCAAACAACGCAGCGGUCUCAUGAAGAAAGCCAGCGAACUCUCUAUCCUCUGCGACGGCGAUAUCGGCCUCUUCAUCUUCUCCGGCCGCGGCCGCCUGGCGGCACUUGUGCUGUUCCUGACGAGACCUGGGUUCGAGCCACGCGAAUCGAAGACAAGAACAGACGUCAGUUCUCCUCCUCCAAACGACGCAGCGGUGUCAUGAAGAAAGCCAGCGAACUCUCUGUCCUCUGCGACGUCAAUAUCGGCCUCUUCAUCUUCUCCGGCUGCAGCCGCCUCCACGAGUUCUGCAGCGGCGACAGGUUUGAUACAAUUUUUGCAACCUCUGUCAGAAGAUUUGGAGAUGGGGGAAUAUUCAUUGGAAACUUGAGGAAACCUGUCAAGAAGUCAUACCCAAAUUGGAGGAAAAACUAUCAGAAGCAGCGGGUAGGGAGGUUGUGUUAUGGCUUACGAAGAGAAAGAUAAUGCCAUUAUAAAGCAGGUACUUGGUAACUUGAAGAUCAGAAAUGUCGAAUGUUAAUUGCAAUGUCGUUGUGCCUUUACUUUUGAUUAGUAUUCUUUUAAAGAAGUGAUCAAGUUUUUUUGGGGAAUGGCAAGUGAUCAAGCUCUUGGUGUCACAUUUCCUGCAGUCUACUGCACAGUUCUUCUUAAUUGUAGAAUAUAUCCCACGAUUUCUCACCCCACCAUUCAUUGUU